AAGACAACUGUGAAAGAAGAAGCUGUGUGUGUCGAAGUCUGUGGGAAGAGACAGCCACCUAGAAUGUCCCCGCCAAACCAGUCAGUGGAAGGCCUUCUCCAGGAGGCCUCCAACAGAUCUCUGAAUGCUACAGAAGCUUGGGACCCAGGGACUCGCCAAGCCCUCCAGAUUUCUCUUGCUGUGGUUCUUGCCAUCAUCACACUGGCCACAGUCCUUUCCAACGCCUUUGUGCUUACCACCAUCUUCCUCACCAGGAAGCUCCACACCCCAGCCAACUAUCUCAUUGGCUCCCUGGCCAUGACUGACCUCUUGGUUUCCAUCUUGGUCAUGCCCAUCAGCAUCGCAUAUACUACCACCCGCACCUGGAACUUUGGCCAAAUCCUGUGUGACAUCUGGCUGUCUUCUGACAUCACAUGCUGCACAGCCUCUAUCCUGCAUCUGUGUGUCAUUGCUCUGGACAGGUACUGGGCCAUCACUGACGCCCUGGAGUACAGUAAACGCCGCACAGCAGGCCACGCCGCGGCCAUGAUCGCCAUCGUCUGGGCCAUCUCCAUCUGCAUCUCCAUCCCACCCCUCUUCUGGCGGCAGGCCAAAGCUCACGAAGAGAUGUCGGACUGUCAGGUGAACACUUCUCAGAUCUCCUACACCAUCUACUCCACCUGUGGGGCCUUCUACAUCCCAUCUGUGCUGCUCAUCAUCCUCUACGGCCGGAUCUACAUGGCCGCCCGGAACCGCAUCCUGAACCCACCAUCGCUCUACGGGAAGCGCUUCACCACAGCCCAGCUCAUCACAGGCUCCGCGGGGUCCUCCCUCUGCUCUCUCAACCCUAGCCUCCACGAGGCGCACACUCAUUUGGCGGGCUCUGCCCUCUUUUUCAACCACGUGAAGAUCAAGCUUGCGGACAGUGUCCUGGAGCGCAAAAGGAUCUCCGCUGCGCGAGAAAGGAAAGCCACCAAAACCCUGGGGGUCAUUCUGGGGGCCUUCAUCAUCUGCUGGCUGCCCUUCUUUGUUGCAUCUUUGGUCCUCCCCAUCUGCCGGGACUCCUGCUGGAUCCACCCGGCCCUUUUCGACUUCUUCACCUGGCUGGGUUAUUUAAACUCCCUCAUCAAUCCAAUAAUCUACACUGUGUUCAACGAAGAGUUUCGACAAGCAUUUCAGAAAGUUGUCCAUUUCCGGAAAGCCUCCUAGUCU